AUGAAGACCUUGACAAAUUGGGUGGCCGAGUUCAACUCUCUGGUGCAGGAGAUUGGCCGGCCCGUGCUUGAGCGGGCGCAAGGCUACUACGACACCCGGGCCAUCUGGCAGCAGGCGAUUCAGGACUUUGCCUCGCAGCAGGGGGAGCUGGAUCGGGUGAACGCGGACCUGGAGGCCGCAGUGAAGAACCUGGCGAAAGCAGAGGCGGCGUUUGAAGCCUUCCUCCGGGGCAGCGACGCUUUGUCGGACCAGCAAUGGGAAGAGCUCGCGCCCGCCAAGGUCGGCGAGGAAAACGAUGCAGAGCUCGACAAUGAUCCCAAGCUGCUGCGGAUGAUCCGCGUCUCGCGCCUGGGGGACACCGUCGCCAACCUCCAGACCCGGCGCGACCGUGAAGCUGCGGAGCUGGGUAUGAAGCGCGAGGAGCUGGAGGAAGCCAGGAGGCGCUUCGAGUACGAAGAUCAGGCGCACAGCGCAUGCACCUGGAACUGCUCCGUGAAGCGGGCGGCUCCCUUCUACGAGAAGCGGCGGCUUCACGAGCUGAAGGUGGACCAGCAGCUGACGCAGCUCCAUUCUGUGGAGCGGCGCCUGCACGAAGCCCGAAAGCACCUCGCGGAGGUGCAGGGCGCGGAGUCUCCGGUGUCGGCGAAGAGGAGGUCGCAGUCGCGGCAGCUUGAUGAGCUGAGCCUGCAGAGCUUCGAGAUCGCCGGCGGAGAGCCCUGCGAGGACGAGUUCUUCGAGUGCGACGAGGGGUCCUCAGACACGGGCUGA